AUGGGCAUACCAAACAGCCUCGAAACUGAAGACCUCGCUCGCUUUGCCGUCCAAGACCACAACAACACGGAGAAUGCUCUGCUUGAGUUUGCUGGAACUCUACACCAUCUGACGAUCGAGGCCAUCGAUGCCGGAAAGAAGAAGCUUUACGAAGCAAAAGUCUGGAUGAAGCCAUGGCCAUGGAUGGGCUUUAAGGAAGUGCAGGAGUUCAAGCACGCUGCUGAGAUAUGCAUGAACAUGGAAUGCACUCGAGUAGCUAUUAGAACUGGCUUUUCAAAAUCUGACGCGGAACAGAAGUAUGAGAAAACACAUGAAGACAUGCCUUCCUUCCUGCCAAAGGGAGAUGCUCUUCCGAAGGGACAACCACCUGCCGAAGCUCCAAACUGCCAAACCUUAAACACAGGAGACACGUGUCAUCAUCACAGCAACUUGCACAAAGUCCCACAUCGGAACUUUGUGCAAACCUCCUACUUUUACUUCCCUAUAAAUAGGAACACCCAGCUGGCUCCUUCACCUAUCCGGCCCCAUCGCCUCUUCUUCACUCCACACUCAGCCAUGCCUACUGAGGAUAGCCGCGAUGCCCAGCGCAAUACCCCCCAGGAGGGUACCUCCCAAAGGGGACCGUCGGCGGAGGUCAAUCUCCAGGCCGAGGUGGAGCUCCUUCGCGCCGGUGUCGUCAAGAUGUCCGAGAGGUGUGACCAUCUUCACUACAGGAAUGUUGAGCUGGAACACGACUACCGCAUCCUGAAGCGAAACUGGGAACGGAACCAAGCCCAGGGCUCCCAACGCAGCCUUACCCAGGAACCUGAGCGCACACAGCCAAACCAGCCGGAGCAUUCCCACCAUAGCCCUCCAAUCCAGCCUAGGCCCAGCAAGGGUAAGGACCCCCUCCAUCCGGAGACAACCAAGUCGCGCCUUCUCCGUAUCUCCCCGCCGAGGAACUGGCCUCAUGAACCAACAAAGGUCUACAGGGAUUGCAGGGACCGUAUCCUGGACCGUCAAACGGGACCCCUUCUUAUCCCCGUUAAUCUCCAAGACCCAAAGACUGAUCGCCUCUACUCUGCGGACGACCUGUACAUGCUUAGGCAGGGUGAGGAUGAGCCCCUUCGGGAGUAUGCAGCCAGGUUCAGCCACGAGUACUCCCGUUGCCCAGAGACCGAUGAUCGUGCCGCCUUUGGUGCUUUCAAGAGUGGCCUCCGAGAGUCUAACUUUCGGUACCUUGUCCACAACAACUCUUGGAACACGUAUGCUAAAUUAAUGAAGCAGGCAGCAGUGCAUGCCAAAGCUGAGUAUUUCAACUCCAAGCGUGGCCCGGCCCCCCCGGCACAUCAUCCUUUCGCUGAUCCCCCACCUGCUUCAGCACCCACCUCAGCCCCGCCUCAACAUUCUACUCCCGCCCCAAGUACCCAGGGUACCCAGCACCCCAAGCGGAAGGAUAACUACCAGCAUACCUUCAACAAUAACAAACGGGGCAGACAUAACAACCACCACCAGUCCAGCGGGGUCAACUCGCACAGGGCAGGUGAUCGGGCUCCACUCCCCUUCUCACCCAAGCCUAGAUUCGAGGUCUUCACCAUCCUGAACACCACCUACGAAAAUGUUCUGUUCGGUGGACACGACACCGAAUCUUGUGUUGCCUUGCGCAACAUCAUUGAAGGACUUAUUCGCGAUGGGAAACUGGAUAAAUAUGUGCACAAUCUCCCACCCCCACCUAACCCUCACCAACGGCAGAUAAACAUGAUCUCAACUAUCAGUGGUGGUCCCACCCUGGCUGGAACCUCCAACAACUCCAUCAAACAUUAUGUCUGCUCCACCUAUGCUCACCAGGUCUUCAGCGCUGAGCAGGGACGCUUGCCGAAGACCCAUAAAUCAGGCUGGGCUCCCAUUACCUUCUGUGAGGAGGAAGAGCGCGGUGUUAUCCUCCCCCACAAUGACCCAAUCAUUAUUCGUGCUGACAUUUCUAACUUUGAUGUGGGGCGUAUUCUGGUGGACACUGGCAGUUCAGUCAGCGUGAUGUUUGCUGAGGCCUUCAACGAGCUCCAGGUCCCAUAUCACCUGCUCGACCGAAGCAUCACACCCUUAGUGAGCUUCUCUGCUUACAAUGUCAUCCUCGGCCGCCCCGCCAUGGCCCAAAUGAAGGUCUUCAUCUCCACCCAUAUGCUGCUGCUCAAGUUUCCUACGCCUCAUGGCACAGGCACGGUGCGCGGAGACCAACUUGGCGCCCGAAGCUGCUACGCUUCGGCAGUAAGGUCCACCAACCGCCAACAUCGGGGCGAGGCCCUCGUAGUAACCCAAGCUCCAGCACCGGUUCAGGCUGGCACCGAGCGUCCAGAGGACCCUAGGAAGGAAUCUGUCACCCCACAGGCCGAACCUGUGGAAGACCUUGAGCUGGUUACUCUUGAUGAAAACAUCCCGGACCGGCAGGUCAGGAUCGGCACCUCUCUCUCACAGGAGCUUCGUUCUGAUCUUGUCGCCUUCCUUCGCCUUAAUUCUGAGGUCUUCGCCUGGUCGUACAAUGACAUGCCAGGCAUAUCACCUGAGAUCAUAUCCCACCGGCUAAGCAUUAAUCUUGCCGUUCGACAGAAGCGUCGUGCUUAUGACCCAGAGCUAUAUGAGGCCAUGAGGGCAGAGGUGGACAAGCUAACUAGCAUUGGAUUUAUCAAAGAGGUGGACUAUCCCACCUGGCUGGCCAAUGUGGUGAUGGUUCGAAAGGGCAUAAAGGGCUGGCGCAUGUGUGUAGACUACACCAACCUCAAUCGGGCCUGCCCGAAAGAUAGCUUCCCCCUACCCCGCAUCGACCAGUUAGUUGAUGCCACAGCUGGCCACGACCUUCUCAGCUUCAUGGAUGCUUACUCGGGGUACAACCAGAUUUUCAUGCAUCCUAAGGACCAGGCACACACCUCCUUCAUCACGGAUCGUGGCCUUUACUGCUACAAAGUCAUGCCCUUCGGCCUCAAGAAUGCCGGGGCCACAUAUCAGCGUCUGGUGAACGCCAUCUUCGCUCCCCUAAUUGGCAACACCAUGGAGGUUUAUGUUGAUGACAUGCUCGUCAAGAGUCGCACUACUGACCAGCACAUCCCCAACCUCUCAGCCAUGUUCACCAUUCUGAAGCAGUAUAAGAUGAGGCUCAACCCCACCAAGUGCGCAUUUGGGGUGGCUUCAGGCAAAUUCCUUGGCUUCAUGAUCAGCCAGAGGGGUAUUGAGGCCAAUCCAGAGAAGAUCAAGGCCAUAUUAGACAUGACAAUACCCAGGACAAUCAAGGACAUCCAGAGCCUUACCGGGCGGGUCGCAGCCCUGACUAGAUUCAUCUCCAAGGCCACUGAUCGCUGCGCCCCCUUCUUCAAGGCACUUGAGGGUAGCAAGCGGAGUAUUACCUGGACCGCUGAAUGCAACAAAGCUUUCAACGAGCUCCUCAUGAUCUAUCUCUCCAUCUCGGCUACAGCGGUCAGUUCUGUGCUCAUCCAGACAAAGAACGGUGCUGAGCACCCAGUGCAUUACGUCAGCAAAGCGUUACAGGACGCCGAGGUUCGGUACCCGGACAUCGAGAAAUUGGCAUUCGCCCUGGUGGUUUCGGCUCGGCGCCUCAGGCCGUACUUUCAGGCUCAUACCAUUCAUGUCUUAACCAAUCAACCACUUCGGCAAGUGUUGCUGAAGCCGGAGACUUCUGGGAGACUAGUCAAGUGGGCCAUUGAGCUUGGCGAAUUCGAUAUCCACUACAAACCCCGCCUAGCCAUGAAGGGCCAGGCCGUGGCUGACUUUAUAUCUGAAUUCACCGAACACCAUGCCGUGGCCAGUCCACAGAUUACGAUGGAUCCCACUCCUACCCCGAGCCAGGCCCACGUCGCCAGCAACGGCACCCUAGACUUGACACAACCCUUAUGGACUUUGUAUGUGGAUGGCUCUUCCAACGCUCAGGGAUGCGGAGCUGGCCUUGUUCUCAUCUCUCCGGACAAAGCCGUCCUUGAGUACGCCCCUUGUUUCCAAUUCCACGCCUCCAACAAUGAGGCCAAAUACGAAGCACUCUUAGCUGGCCUCCGGUUAGCCAAAGAGAUGGGCGCUAGGCAAAUUCAGAUUUUCAGCGAUUCACAGCUCGUUGUCCACCAAGUCAACCAGGACUUCACUGCCAAGGACGUGUCCAUGACAGCCUACCUCCAACAUACCCGCCAUUUGCUUACAACCUUCAACGCUUAUUUCAUAAGCCAGCUAAGCACACAGACACCACUCAUCUGCGCCAUCGAUCACAGCCCAACAUGGAUGGACCCCAUCCUCCAAUUUUUGCAGAACCAGACGCUACCCGCUGACCCUGCUGAGGCGCAGCGUGUUCGCUAUCGCUCUGCCCGAUACCUGAUCAUUAAUGGCGCCCUGUACAAGCGCGGAUUCAGCUUACCCUACCUUCGAUGCCUGACCCCAGAGGAAGGCCACUAUGUCCUUCGGGAAAUCCACGAAGGCAUCUGUGGUAGUCAUUCAGGCGCCCGCUCCCUUGCGCAUAAGGUCAUUAGGCAAGGAUACUUCUGGCCCUCACUUCACACUGACGCCCAAGCCUUCACCCAGAAGUGCGACAAGUGUCAGCGGUUUGCCAAUAUCCCUCAACUCCCAGCUGAACCUUUAACAGCAAUGGUCAGCCCUUGGCCAUUCGCCCAGUGGGGACUUGACCUCAUUGGACCUAUGCCCGAGGGCAAAGGCCAGGUCAAGUACGCAGUCGUGGCCGUCGACUACUUCACUAAGUGGGCUGAGGCUGAGGCCCUAGCCAUCAUCACCGCUGCUCGCAUUGAGGCGUUCGUCUGGCAAAAUAUCGUGUGCCGCUUCGGCAUCCCCAACGCCAUCGUCGAAGCCGUGAACAAAAUUAUCAAGAAGACCCUGAAGACCAAGCUUGACAAAGCCAAGGGUUGCUGGCCAGAGCUACUCCCAGAGGUUCUUUGGGCUUACCGCACCACCUUUCGUACCUCAACGGGAGAAACACCAUUUUCCCUUUCCUUUGGUACCGAAGCAGUGGCACCAGUGGAGAUUGGCCAGCCAACAUACCGAACCUCCACUUACGAGGCCGAGGCCAAUAACGAGCAGUUGGCCCUCAACCUCGACUUCAUCGACGAGCUUCGUGACCAGUCCAACAUGCGCAACGUCGCGUACAAACAGCGUAUUGCCAAGUACUACAACUCCAGAGUUAAACCCCGAGCUUUCACAACUGGGGACUGGGUCAUGCGCAAGGUUUCCUUGGCCACUAAGAAUCCUAAUGAGGGUACCCUGGGCCCUACGUGGGAAGGUCCAUAUGAGAUCACCAAGGUAUGCCGCCCCGGGACUUAUCAGCUUCGGGAUCCCAAGGGCAAAACGUUGCCUCACCCUAGGAACGCCGACCAUCUCAAGUACUACUACAAGUAA